UUGACAUCAGCUCGUUACACAGUCGAUCAUGAAUGGGUAUCUUUUGAUCCUUCUUCGAAUAUCGGGACGGUAGGAAUCACCGAUUAUGCUCAAAAAGCUUUAGGAGAUGUGGUAUUUGUUGAAUUACCCGGAGUAGGUAGUGAAGUAGCUCAAUCUGAUCCUAUUGGAGCUGUCGAAUCUGUCAAAGCUGCUUCUGACAUUUACGCACCUGUAUCGGGUAUCAUUGAAGAGAUCAACGAAACUUUAUCGGAUCAACCUGGUUUAUUGAACAAAUCGCCUAUGAAGGAUGGUUGGCUCGCAAAGAUCAAACUUUCCGAACCAUCAGAAUUCGAGGCUUUGCUCAAUGACGAAGCGUACAAAGCCCAUUGUGAGGGAUCCGAGUGA